CAACGCUCUUUCUUCGAUUCACCAACUCAUCCGACGCUACAUUUUCGCGUUAUGUUAGUAACCACUUAACCCCUUCACUUACAUUACAAAUUAUCAAAAGACUAAACAAUCCUCAAUUAGGUUUCAGCUUUUUCCAGUUCACUAAACAAAGCUUGAACCUUUCUUAUUCAUUUUGGACUUACAAUUUUCUUUUAAGGUCCCUUUGUCAACAACAUCAACAUGAUUCAGCAAAACUUGUUUAUCAUUCUAUGAGGGCUGAUGGGUUGUUGCCUGAUAGUAGGUUGUUGGGAUUUUUGGUUUCUUCUUUUGCAUUUGUUGAUAGGUUUGAUGUUUCCAAGGAGUUUCUUCGGGAAGCUUUGUGUAAUAAGGUUGAUGUAAAUGUUGUUGUUUAUAAUAACUUUCUUAACAUUUUGGUUAAAUGUAAUAGGUUAGAUGAUGCUGUUAGUUUGUUUAGGGAGCUUGUUAGAUUCAAUUUCGAUAUUGAUAUAUUCACAUUCAAUAUCUUGAUUCGAGGUUUUUGCGUUGUUGGAGAAAUCGAUGAGGCUUUUAGGUUUUUGAAUGAUAUGAGAAGUUUUGGUUGUUAUCCUGAUGUUGUUAGUUAUAAUACUCUUAUACAUGGUUUAUGUAGAAUAAAUGAGGUAGAUAGAGCAAGAGAUUUAGUGAGAGAGAUUAGUUUACGAACUGAGUUUUCUCCUAAUGUUUUGAGUUAUACGAUUGUGAUAUCGGUUUAUUGCAAAUUGAGUAAGAUGAAGGAGGCUUCUUCUAUUUUCAAUGAAAUGGUUACGUCUGGAGCUAAGCCUAGUGUGGCUACUUUUAAUGCACUUAUCUAUGGAUUUGUUAAGGCAGGUGACAUGGCAUCUGCACUAGGAAUGCAUAAGAGGAUGCUUUUUCAUGGUUGUUCUCCUGAUGUUGUUACUUUCACUUUGUUAAUUGAUGGAUAUUGCCGAGUUGGGCAGUUGGACUAUGGUUUGGACCUUUGGAAUGAAAUGAAAGCGAGAAAUGUUUCUGCAAAUUUGUAUACUUUCUCUAUUCUUAUUAGUGCUGUGUGCAGGAGCAAUAGACUACAAGAAGCUCGUGAGCUUUUGAGACUGUUGAAUCAGAGUGACAUUGUUGCACAACCAUUUAUCUACAAUCCUGUCAUAGAUGGAUAUUGCAAAUCCGGAAGAGCACCCGAAGCAAUUGGUAUCUUUUACAAGAUGUUGGGGACCGGUUGUUCGCCAGAUGAAGUUACUAUUAGAACUUUAAGUUCAUGUCUUUUGAAGUCUGGAAUGCCUAGUGAAGCUGCCCGCAUUAAGGAAGCUGUAUUUAAGAGUCAAAACACAAAUUCAUAUAUACAACAGUCUCUUUAUUAA